AUGUUUUUUAACUUAAGAUUGGCACUUGUUCACUUUCCAGACUUGGCAACUCCACUCAAAUCUAAACUGGAAAGUGUUGAUGUUUUCAAUUAUGACCAAGUCCGUUCUUUGGCCAAAAAGUUUAACAAAAUCAGCAAGGAGACUGCCCUUACUAGGAAGGAAAAUUCUUCAAAAUCCUCCCAAAAUGCAAGCAAAGAAUUACUUCACCAAAUAAUUACAAGAUGCUAUAACAAAGCUGUGGACAAUGAAAAAGCUUUGAAUAAACAUUAUGAAGCUUUUUCGUCUCAAACUUAUGGGGAGACGUCGUAUGAACGAAUGCAAAUGAUUAUUGAAGAGCUUAAGCCGUCGCAAAAAGACGUUUUUGUCGAUUUGGGUAGUGGAGUAGGUCAACUAGUUGUGCACAUGGCUGGUGGAACCUUAGCUCAUAGAGCGGUUGGAAUAGAAAUAGCUUCAUUACCAUCAAAAUUUGCAAAGAAAUUGGAACACGAAUUUAAAAAGUUAAUGAACUGGUUUGGCCGCCCAUUUCAACCUUUUGAAUUACUCCAUGGCGAUUUCCUCAGCACAGAAUAUCGAAAACUUAUAACCGAAGAAGCCUCAAUCAUUUUUAUCAAUAAUUAUGCCUUUCAAUCAGAUUUGGAAACGAGAAUUAAAAGAGAAUUGCUUUCUGAUUUGAAGGAUGGAACUAAAAUUGUUUCUACUAAACCUUAUGUGCCGUUAAAUAAACAAGGAGCAAUUACUGAUAGACAAUUAAAUGAUAUUUCCGUCAUCACCGAAGUCACAGAAAUGAAGCCUUGUUUAAAUCCGUGUUCUUGGACCUCUGCUUAUGUUCCAUAUUAUUUACAUACAAUAAAUAGAACAAAGUUGGAAAAUUAUUUUUUAAAAUUGCGGAAUUCUUCCCUCCGUGCCAAAUCAUCGGAUACAGGCAGUCGACGUUCUUCUACACCCAAUUCUUCUUCCAAAACGUCAACAAAUUCGAGAGAAUCAAGCAUUUGUUGUGCUAGAGCGCCAAGUAGGGAUAAAUCGUCUGACAAUAAUUCUGCGGUUGGAGGAGGGGGACGGUUAAAUAGUAAUGGAGGAGGAGAAAAUGAACAGGAUUAUAGUUUUGGCCCAACAACUCGACGUAAAUGGACUGAAUAUGUAAAUGAAAUGGAACAACAAAAGAGGCGUCAAAGUAGUUGUAGUAGCAGUAAUGGUGGGGGAGGAGGUGAAAAAAAGGCUGCUGCUAAAGCUAUUUUAAAUAUAAAAAAUAAACAACAACAACAAUUAAAUAGUUUAUCCUCAUCUUCAUCAACAACCUCAAUUUCUAAUAAUAAUAUUCCAAAAAUGUUAAAAAUUGUUAAGAAUUUUUCAAAUGUGGGAGGGACUCAAAUGUCCGAAAACGACAACAAUAAUAAUUUGGGGGGAAUUCCAAAACUUAGAUUACAACAAACAACAACAAUUAAAAAAGAAGAAGAAGAAGAGGAAAACAUUGAAAAAAACAUUGAACAAAACAUUGAGGAAAACAUCAAUAAAAACAUUGAACAAAACAUCAAUAAAAACAUUGAACAAAACAUCAAUAAAAUAGAAACAACAACAACAACAAACAUGUUUGUUGAGGAAGAAAAAAUGGUUGUUGAGAAUGUUUGUGAUAAUACUUAUGUUGUGGAAGAAACAACACCUAAAAUAAUAAAUGUUGAAACAAUUUCAGAAGAAAAUAAAAACAUUGAAAAUAAAAAUGUUAAUGAACAACAACUUAUUUCACCACGUUUUGAGCCAAUUUCUCCUGAUAAAAUAUCAACACCUACAAAUAAUAUUUCUAAUAUUUCAAUUAAACAAAAAACAACAGGAAAACGAAGUUAUGAACGUAAAGAAAGAAUAAAUUCAUUUACUACAACAACAAAAGCAAGUAGAGGACGACCACGAAAAUCUGCUGAUUCAUCAAAUAUACUUCAUCAUAGCAGCCCUAAAGUUCCUCGUUUUUCUGAAGAUGCACGUGAUGGAAUGGAAUUAAUGCAUCAAAUGACUUGUGCUAUUCAAAUGGGCAAACCAAUGGACGCUGCCUCUAUACUAGCCGAUUUGGCAAAUCAAAAGGCUAAUCGUCAAUUACACGAACACCAACAACAAACACAAAACAUUGACGAACAAAAUCAACAACAACAUAAUUCUUGUUUAAACAAAGAUACCCCUAAAACAACAACAACUCACCAUUCAAAACAUUUAAAAACAUUUAAUAAUAAUAACAAUUGUUUGUUUCCGUUUCCCCAACUUGAUAAAACAUCAACAACAACAACAAUUAAUGUUUGCAGAACAUCAAUAAAACAACAACAAAAACAUCAGAAUAACGAAAAUUCCAACAACAACAAUUGUUGUUCUUCUAAAUAUCCCGAACUUAACAAUUUUUUGGACACAAUUAAAAACGCUUAUGAAAAUUUCUUUGAUGAAUUUCAUUCAAAACAUUCAAACAAAAACAUUGUUGUGAAGGAAGAAGAUAAAGAACAUCAACUACAACAUAUUCCUGAACAACAACAACAAAAUGUUUCAACAAAUAAUUUUACAAACUUUGAACAAUUUCGGUCAAUAUUAGACUCUACUCCUUUAAAAAAUUUAGAAUGUGAAGAAAUGGAAGAAGAUGAAGAAGAAGGUGGAAGAAGAAGAAUUUCCAGUAUGGGGGAAGAAAAUUUGACAUUUUACUCUGCAGAGAGUCGUAAACGCUUUUUAAGUACGAGUGGAACAAGUGAAACAAACAACAAUGUUGUCUUUAAUAAUAAAACACCGGUUAGAACAACAACAACAAUGUUGCAAAAGAAAACAAAUAAUUUACAACAAACACCUAAAACAGCAACAACAACAACAACAAAUUUUAAUUUUAAUAAACUACAACCAGAAAAACAUUGUUCACAACAACAAAAACAAUCGCGUUUGUUGGAAUUGCAAAAACGUGUCGAGGAUAGACGCAAAUGGUUAUUAAAUGCUUGGUCAGAAUUUCAAAGAGAAAUGCAAUUAUUUAAUACAGACAUGGAUUGUCUAGUUAAUGAAUGUUCACAACACCAACAAAAACAAGAAGAGGAGGAUUCAAACACUCAACAACAAAACCAACAAAAUCAGAAUUUCCAAUUACAACAACAACUCGCCUUGCAGUUAAUUACACAACAACAAACACAACAUAAAUUAAUUGAAGCAGCCCAAGCUCAAUUAGCUAUUCAAGUACAACAAGCACAACAGGCAAAUGCUGUAGCUGUUGUUGCUAAUGCCUUAAAUAAUAAUUCGAGUCCAACAAAUAAUAAUAUUGGUAGUAUUGGGCAGCAACAACAACAGCAAACAUCGGCGACGUCUUCAAAUGCUGUUAAUCAAGUAUCAACAGUCACUAACCAACUAGAUUUAUUAAUAAAUGAAAUGCGUGAACGUUAUUCUCAACAAUUAACAGCACAACAUUUAUUAAGCCAAAUAACCCAAUUUGGUCUAUUAAAUACUAUAGCUCCACAAGAAAUUGCUGCAUUACAGUCGAUAGCAUCUGGGGCAGCUUUAAAUAAUGUUGUUCAUCAAUUAAGUCCUAUAGCUGCGGCUGCUGUUGUUUUACAGCAACAACAACAACAACAAAUGAGUCCUGUGUUAUCUUCCUCUAUUCCUCAACAAUCAUGUCCCCCAUCAUCAUCAUUAAUUACUCAACAACACCAACAACAAACAACUUCUAGCCCUUUAAAUUGUUUAAUUCCACAAAAUGUUACAGCCCCUUUUGUUCAAAAUUUUUUGGCAACUUUAGACAAUUUGGCAACAACAGAAAAUAAUAAUAUUAAUAAUAUACCUUCAUCCUCUUCUAUAGUAAUUAAUGGAGAUUGUAGUGGUAGUAUUGGAGGUGGAGGAGGUCUUGGAGGAGGCUUAAAUUUAAGUGCUUCUCUUUCAAAUAUUUCUGGUGGUGAUAAUAAUUCGGCUAAUAAUUCUAGCAAUCAUUCUGUUCGUUUUUUUUUCAAAUAAUUUUUUUAUUUAGAAAAAUUUUUUGGAAAAUUUUUAAGGUGGUUUUAUGGGUCCACUUAAUUAAAUUCAAUAUUCCCCCCUCUUUCUUUUUUAUUUUUAGCACAUUUAAUUGAACUUUUAAUUAGGUUGUGUGGUGGUGUAGUUGGUAACGCCUCCACCUUUGGGUGAGGUGGUAUCGGGUUCGAUUCCUUUUGGGUGUAUUUG